CACGUCUUUUGGGAGUUGGCAGUCACCCCUCAAUCUUUUUUUCGGUAUAAUCAUCAAUCUUUACAUGGCGAUGGAGACGAGGUCGGAGUCGGUGGUGACAAACAAGGUUCGGCCGCGGUGGCAAAUCGAUGGGAGCAGUUCUAAGCGAAAAGACACUCUCGCAGAGCAACAGAUCGCGUUGGAGGAAUUAGAGCAAAGUCUGGCCAAGAGACAUCCGAAGAAGGCCAAGGACCAAAUUCAGACUCCAACUGCUCCGACGACUCCGAUGGAUAAUACGUUGAUAGAGCAAAUCCACAGCAAUGAGUCUGGAUGCAAAUACCCUCAUUUUGUGGGUUAUUUUGUGCAGCCAUGGGCUAGUGAGUUUGACUGCCCUCGGAAAUUGCUUGGCCGGCGUGACUAUCCUCCAAAGGUGUGAUUCAUAUACGAGGAAGGGAAGGAGCUUGAGUUAGACGUUGAUGUAUCUUUGAGUUUUCUGGGUCUUGAGAGAGUCAUAAUUGUUGGCUCUUCCAUGGGUUUCCUGCUCUGCUGCGCCGCACCUGAGACGUGUAGUCAUUACUUUGUAUGCAACCCCAUCACAAGAGAAUCUAAGCAGCUUCCAGAACCCCAGGAGCCUUGUGCUGUGGCUAAUAUAGCAUUUCUUUGCACAUCAGGGCAUGCCACAUCAACAUCACUAGAUAGGAUAUCUUAUGAAGUAGUUCGACUUGGAAUGUCACACCCACACCCUUUUAAAGCCACUACAACUCUGGAGGUAGACACAUAUUCUUCUUUGACUGGGGAAUGGAGACGCUCCUCUAUCAUUUCUCCAUCUCCAGUCACUUUAGCUGCUCAUAACAUACCAGCUUUUGUGGUUGGCGACGUUAUGUUCUGGACGGUUCAUCAGUUCAAAUUAUUGGGGUAUAGUCAUGUCAGGAAAUGCGUACAAGUCUGGGAUUUGCCAUGGAAGGGGAAGGGCUAUAGUAGUUUUUUGGGCCUUUCUGAAGGGAGAAUUUACUGUGCUGUAAACGAUCUGCAGAAUUUGGAGAUGUGGGUUUUAGAGGAUUACACCAGGAUUGGGUCUCUGUCUGGGUGGGUCUUGAAGCAUAGAAUGAGUAUCACUGCUAUCAAGGGAAAAAAUCCUGGAGAACCUAUUUGCGGCGAAUAUAUGGGCAUUAUGGGAUUUCACCCAUGGAACAGUCAACUGAUUUUGCUCUCCAUUUUUUUCAUGCCUUACUGGUACAACUCUGAAGACGGCAAAAUGAAGGCAGUUGAUGAUUUUGAACCCACGGAUCUGCUAUACAAUUACAUCUGCUACGAGUGGCCCUAUAACCGGUCUGCCUGAUGAUUGCUGACAUAUUUGGCUAUAUUAGUUGAUGGCCCUAUAACCUAUAUUCAUUAAUUUGGGUUGACUCAUACACAAUCUCCCAAAAUGAUCCAAACCCAUUAUGACUGUUAAUUCUUCUUCUUUGUAAUUUUUUUUUUUGGGCCAAAAGAUAGCUCUUGCCUUACCGGCUGCGGUUGCGGAUAAACUGAUUAAAUUGCC